GCAAACGAAAGUGGGGCAGUUUAUGCACAUAUGCAAUCAGUACAUGGUAGCUUGGGCAUCGAUGUACAGGACAUGCUUUUGGAAAUGGAAAAUGAUCCAAUGAUGCGUGAAUUUAUCGAAAGAGAGCACCCGGAAAUCUUGAUGGAACCUGUACGUGGAUUUGGUUUCCGUAAUCCGGAUGAUACUGAUGAUGGUGAGAUUGAUGCGUUUCUGCCGCCAUUCAUCCCGCCGAAUUUUCUCUUCCAAGCUGGUCUGGGCAUGGAAUUGCAACAGGAAAUGAUGCUCCGUCUUGAUUUGGACGCUGCAGAGGCAGAAGAUGAUGAUGACGAUGGUGGUGAUGCGGACAUUUUAUGA